AUGCCUCGAUCCUUCCUGGUGAAGAACAAGAGAAGUGUGUCCUUUAAUGUGCAUAGAUCGUAUGAAGACGACAAAGGAUCUGAAGGCGUCUUUCCAGCCUCUUCUUCGGACAGGCCUCAGACCGAAGGCCGGCAAUCUCCAACAGGCCCCCAGCCUUUAGAAAAACAGGAGCUGGAAUGUCCCUUAUCUGUGCGCCCGGAGCCCACCGGACCCCCCGUGGCUCCCUCACAGCCGUACUAUUUAACAGAACCUAAGGUGGGAGAAUUCAGUCCUUACUAUAAACCGGCGUAUUCCUGGGAGCAGGUUCCGACUUCCUAUCAGUUGGGUUUCAACCCGGCGGUGCUGCAGCACGCCACCAGUUUGUACAACACCCACGUCAGCCGGAGCCCGCAGAACCAGCAGCCCCUGGACUGCAGCACACACUACUCCCCCAGAUCCGACACCUACCACUGCAUCACCUGUGACAAGGUGUUCUCAACGUCUCACGGCCUGGAGGUCCACGUCAGAAGGUCCCACAGUGGGAUGAGACCUUUUGGCUGCAACAUCUGCAGAAAAACCUUUGGCCAUGCCGUCAGUCUGGAGCAGCACAUGAACGUCCACUACCAGGAGAAAAGUUUUGAGUGCAAGAUGUGUGGGAAAUCCUUCAAGCGCUCCUCCACGCUCUCCACGCACCUCCUCAUCCACUCCGACACCAGGCCUUACCCUUGCCAGUUCUGUGGCAAGAGGUUCCACCAGAAGUCCGACAUGAAGAAACACACCUACAUCCACACCGGUGAGAAACCCCACAAGUGUCAAGUGUGUGGCAAAGCCUUCAGCCAGAGCUCCAACCUGAUCACCCACAGCAGGAAACACACGGGCUUCAAACCCUUCGGAUGUGACGUCUGCUCCAAAGGCUUCCAGCGCAAGGUGGACCUCCGCAGGCACCACGAGAGCCAACAUGUCAUGAAGUGACGCCUCCACCGCACACAUCACAUCACCUUUUUCUCCACCAUGACAAGAAGAAACCUUUCUGAUGUACAGUCCUGGUCGAA